AUGGAAAUCAUGAAACCGGAGAUAAUAUCCCGACAAACCAUCAAACCUUCCUCUCCCACCCCAGAUUCCAAAAAAAUUUACAAGCUCUCCUUAUUAGAUCUACUUAUUGCUAAUCGCAUUUAUGUGCCUAUCAUCUUCUUCUAUCAGAACAAGGAAGGGGAUAACUCAGUUGAUGUCGCCCAUAUAUCAAGUGGGCUCAAGAAAUCCCUAUCUGAAACCCUAACCCAUUACUAUCCACUAGCUGGAAGGAUCAAAGAUGGAGUUACGGUUGAGUGCAACGAUGAGGGAGCCUAUUUUUCCGAAGCCCGAAUUGAUUGCCACCUGGAAGGAUUUCUAAAACAUCCAGAGGCUCGGGAUUAUUUAGACCUGCUUAUGCCAGUUGAAAUCCAAUCGAACAGCUCAGACAUGGGCAGUUUAUUGCUUAUUCAGAUCACCUUUUUCAGCUGUGGAAGAACUGCGAUUGGGAUGCGUGUGUCACACAAGGUUUCUGAUCUCCACGGCAUAAGUGCCUUCUUGAAUGACUGGGCCACGAUGGCACGUAAAUCUGGUGAGGAAAUCUCCGCUGAGUUAACUCCUUUCUUCCCACCCGGUGAUUCAUUGAGUAUGCCUGAAGCUAAGCCUUACAAAGGAAAUUUGGUCAAGAAGAGGUUUGUAUUUGACGCCGUAAAACUAGGUGCACUCAAGGCCAUGGCGACUCAGUCUGGAGUGGAAAAUCCCACACGGGUCGAAGUUGUGGCUGCUCUUAUUUACAGAUGUGCGGUUGCUGCAUCUAAAGUGAGCUCAGGUUCUCUAAAACCAUCUGUUCUACUCCAAACUGUGAACUUGCGGAAAAGGAUUGUCCCACCAUUGCCGGAGAAGUCUUUUGGAAACAUGGUUUGGUUUUAUAGCAUACACACUGCACGAGAGAGUGAGAUUGAGUUCCAUGCCUUGGUGGGUCAGUUGAAGGCAGGGCUGGCACAUUUCUGUGAUACCUAUGGGAAAAUUUUCACAGGACAAGAACUGAUACCGCUCAUGUUCAAGGAGAGGGCUAAAUUUACCCAUUCCAACGAUAAUCACCAUGUCAAUAAGUAUAUAUGCACUAGUUGGUGUAGGACUUCAUUAUACCAAACAGACUUUGGAUGGGGAAAACCCAUAUGGCUAAGUCCUACAGGCAUUGGUUCAAAGAAUAUAAUCUGUUUGACUGAUACCAGAGAAGGCGAUGGAAUUGAAGCAUUUGUUACUCUUGAAAAACAAGAGAUGGCUGUAUUUGAACGUGAUGAGGAGCUCCUUCAAUUCUCCUCUUUGAAUUAA